GCUUGUUCUGCCCACUAUGACUCAUUUGUUCCCGUUUAAAACGACAGGUUGUGGUGUAUCUUGGUUUAGUGGUUUAGCUAUACAGGCAUCUUUGCUACUGCAGCAGACAGAAGCCAUGAGUACACACGAGACCAUGCUUUUUGAAGGCAGUCUGUAGCUAGCAAGUGCUAAUGCUAAGCUAACCAGCUAGUAGCUACGUCAGUUGGUGCAUCACUAGUCCCGAUGUGUCUAACCCAACUCCUACUAAAUGUGUGUCCACAGGCAGUGAAUGUACUUAGGAAGCCACUCCCGAAUGACAUACUUUUAAACAGGUUUCACAUGAUAAUGUUGACCUAGCUAGCUAGCAUCCGGUACGUCUUUCUAACUAACUUUAUCAGGCAACCUAGAGGUCGAUGUUCGCAAAUGGUGGACUCAUACAGUUAUUAGCUAAGAAGAUUUAUCAGUGGUCAAGGACAGGAUCAGAUCAGAGGUGCACAUUGAGUCUCUUAGCAACUAUGGGAAACUCCUGUAGCAACAACCUGGGAAUCCCACCAGCAAAAGGGCCUAAUGCAGUGGGAUGUUCAGAUUUCAUGAUGGAUCACACUGUAGAGGGAACAUUCUUUAGGUUAUACUAUCCAUGUGUAGCGUCCGACAAUGCUGAAAAACCAGACUGGAUCCCAUGUAAAGGAUAUUUCUAUGGGCUUGCAGACUUCCUGAAAAUCAACAGAGGCCUGAGUGAAAAGAUUUUCAAUUACCUCUUUGGAUCUUUUAAGAUACCUGCUGCCCUGAAUGGCUCAUAUAAACAAAAUGGGAAGUAUCCAGUAGUCAUCUUCUCUCAUGGACUUGGAGCUUUCAGAACUUUAUAUUCAGCCAUAUGCACAGAACUGGCCUCACAAGGCUUCAUAGUAGCAUCAGUGGAACACAGGGAUGAAUCUGCCUCUGCGACAUACUUCUACCAUCAAAAGCCUCAAGAGCCUGAGAAAGAUAAGGCUUCGCCGCUUAAACCCAACCCUGAGGCCCCAGAGAACCUGGUAGAGGAAUGGAUGUACUACCGAUCUCUGAAACCAGGCGAGAGUGAAUUCCCCCUUAGGAAUAAACAGGUGAAACAGCGAGCUGACGAGUGCAUAAAGGCUUUGGAUACACUCAUCCAAAUCAACUCAGGAAAAACGAUGGAGAACGUGCUUCAGACAGAGUUUGACUGGACCACUUUGGAGAACUCUAUGGACUUGUGCCGGAUAGCGGUGAUGGGCCAUUCUUUUGGGGGAGCAACAGUGAUAGAAGCCCUCUGCAAAGACGUCAACUUCAAGUGUGGCAUUGCCCUGGACGCAUGGAUGUUCCCCCUGGAUGAAGAGAUCUAUGUCAGGGUAAAGCAGCCGAUCUUCUUCAUUAACUCUGAGAAGUUCCAGUGGGCCGGGAACAUCAGUCGCAUGAGGAAACUGGACUCCUCCUCCACCUCCAUGCAGAGGAAAAUGAUCACCAUCAAGGGAACUGUUCACCAGAGCUUCCCAGACUUCACCUUCCUGACUGGCAACUGGAUAGGGAAGAUCCUGAAGCUGAAAGGAGAGCUCGACCCUCAGGUCGGCAUCGAUCUCUGUAAUAGAGCAUCGCUAGCAUUCCUGCAGAGACAUCUAGGUUUAGAUAAAGACUUCAAUCAAUGGGACCAUCUAAUAGAGGGCAAGGACCACAACCUCAUUCCAGGCACCAAUGUUACUGAAAUAUCUUAGUUCAGUUCCAUCUGCGCUAUGGACCUCAGAGGGAUGCAUGGUUUCCAGCCAAUUCCACAAACUCAAAGUGCCAAUAUUUAUUGCACUGAGCCUUGAAUGUAGUUUCAAUCAUGGAUAUGUCAAAUAGAGCACAGUGAUUUCUACUACAGUCAGUCUUCACCAGUACCAAAUUAUGAUUGCUUGGAGGUAUACUGUAUCUGCAAGUAAUGUCAAGCUAUACGGUUUUGUAGGAACACUGCACUCAACAGUAUCUUUGUACCUGAACUAAUUAUGGUUGUAGUGUAUAACAUUUUACACCUGUAUGGGAUAUUAAGUCAAUUUGAAAAGGCAGGAGUCUUCCAAGACAUGACCCCUAGAUGGUUAAUUUAUGUAUCUAGCAUGAUUGCACAGAAUGUAGCAAAAUACUAGUCACAAAGAUGAGAUGUUUGAUUCCUUUGAACCAGUGCCAUAAAUGUGCCUUAAUCUACCUGUAUUUCCAUAUUCAUUAGGCACUAAAACAACCUGAACUUGUCCAAUGAGGAACACACAUUUCAGUUCUGUUUGGCACACAAAUACAGCCCUGGAUCACUCAAACGUAUCAACUUCAUUUCCAUGUGUUUCAAUUCUGAAAUAUUUUAAUUUGUACACUACUGUAAUCAAUGCAUCUGAUUUGUAUACAACUAUAAAUGAUGGAUACUGUGA